AUGCGUCAAUGCGGCGAGUUUGUUCAACGACAUCAAGAAACGCGAGUUUUGCAGGUUGAAGGGGAUGAUACAGCGCAGUCUCCGAGCCCCCGAGACACAUUAUACCGGCCUGCGAGUCCUGUUCGAGCUGAUUCCACCGCCCCAGACGUUUCGACUGAGUUUCCCGGCCGUCUUGUACCCCGUCCUACCGCCGCCGAGCCUCCGUUAUCACCACUGCGCGCCCCCAGCACGAUGGCUCCUGGCCUCGGGAAUAAGAACAAGGGCAAAGGUCGCGAACCCAGGAGCUCCAGGAGCCGUAAUACCACGCCCAGCUCUGCCCUAAGCACCAGCGCUAGCACCGUGACCGGGAUUAGCUUGUCCAUGGGGUAUCUCGAUAACGAUGUUUCUAAGCUUCUCGUCCCGACUGCCGUGCAAUAUUCCGAUAUUCUUGAGAAAUUCGGAGGAGCAGGCCAAAUUCCAGACCAGAAGUCGCUGGAGUCGCUCGUGGACCAGCUCAAGACUCUCGGUCAGCUUGCAGAGACCAGGGAAGAUGCGUGCAAUGCUGGAAUGAGAGAAUUGUCGCAAAGGCGAAAGGAGGUUCUAGAGGAGCAGAGGGAGCGGGAACAAGUGGGCCGUGAUGCCGAGGAAAGGUUAAGGAUGAAGAGGGAAGCUGACGAUGACGAGGAGGAGGCUCGGAUCCUCAAAGGAGGGAGAAUAAAAAAGAGGAAGGAGAAAAACAUACCCAAGGAGGAACGGCCACUGUCACACGGUGCGCAUGGUGUUGCAAGGCAGGACGGGCUUGACGUGAAAGCUGACGCACCCCAUAAACGAGGGGGCAAAGACACCAGCCUGGGUUCACCUUCCAAAAAGUCACGGAACCAGGCGUCAAGCGCAUCAUCUCUCUCGCCGCCUUCCCUCCAAUCACCUCCUCCAGCUACCGCUGGAUCAACCGCAGGCAGUCCCGAAUCUGUGGAUAGUUCCGAUUCCCAUCAACCGGAGCCGGCACCCGCCGUCCACCAAUAUCAAGUUUUUGGACCUGACCCCUUGGCGUUCGAUGACCCUACUGUAUAUCACAUUCAAGAUGUCACGCCCGAUAUGUCAGUUGACGAGAAGAAGAAGAUAUACAGUGUGGCGAGCUUCCCGGAAUCGGACUUGAAGCAUAUGAUGGCAGGCGAGCCGCCAGACAAGGAUUUCAGCAAUGCAAAGCCCACAAAUCAAGUCAGUGCCAACACAUUUGCAACAUAUCUUGAAUCAUAUGUGCGGCCCCUUACCGAGGAGGACAUCGCCUUUCUAAAGGAAAAGGGCGACCGUGCUACUCCUUUCCUCAUGCCCCGUCGUGGGAAGAAACAUUACACAGAUGUUUGGGCUGAGGAGGACGGCUUAAAUGUAGAUUCGACCGGCCAGGACCGAGAUAAGCUGCCCCUAAAUCAGGGCCGAGGUAGCAUUGAACAAAUCACAGAUGAUACUGCUGAGACAGAUCAGGUUUCUGUUCCCCCCAUGCUCAGUCGUCUGUACUCUCUUCUUCGCUUUGAGAAUCGCACCCUCCCAGACGACUCGGCCCAGCCUGGGAAUGAAGACGGGGCCGUGAAUGGAAGUAUGAACAUUGACGGUCCAAUGGAUAUCGACCACCCUAAUGGAGACACAGAACCAAAAGCUCUAAAUUCAGCCACAGCGUUCCCCGAGUCAUCUCUAGGCGGAUUCAAAGUACCCGCAGCUAAACUGGAUCAUGCCCAACUAGAUGAACGACUCAAAGCAGAACUGCGAUAUAUCGGCUUCUUAGGGCCCGAUGAUAACCCGGAUUAUGACGCCCAUUAUGACGACGAUAUUGCCGAACGACUUCGCAUUCUACAAUCGGAACUCAAGAAGCAAAUGAUUGUCAACGGCGCACGGAAAACUCGUCUGCUAGAUAUAGCCCGCGAGCGCCUAGCUUAUCAGGAAUAUAGCACCAUCCACGACGAUCUUGAUACUCAAGUGCAACAGGCAUACCUCAAGCGAACACGCACGCUAGGCAAGAGCAAAAAGGGCUCGCAUGCAAAGCAUAGACCUGGCGGGGCAGGUGGAGGUAGUCAUGCCGUUAGUACUGCAGGCGUUGGGAGACCGGGCAUUGGUGAUAUGGCACGUACCCUUAUGGAUCGUCGUAAGAGAUGGAUUGAUUGCAUUGGUCCUGUCUUUAAGGAUUGCAAGACUACCGUACCGGGUAAAGAUGAAACGAUCUGGGAUCCAAUAUUAAUGGCGGAGUGCGAGAAGGCGGAACUAGAAGGAUGGGACGAAGAACAAGAAUGA